AUGAUUGAGUGGAGUUUUUUAGGAGGUAGCAUUUUAUUAGAUCAGCGAGAAGACAUACAGAAGAAGACAUUUACAAAGUGGGUCAACUCACAAUUAUCAAAGGACAAACAAAGCAGCAGCCUGGUGAACGAUCUUUUCCUAGACCUGAGGGACGGCAACCAUCUACUCUCCCUUCUAGAAGUCCUCGGUGGACAAAAACUAAAACGAGAGAAGGGUCAUAUGCGAUUGCAUCACUUGAACAACGUCAACAGAGCUCUGCAAAUAUUAAGCCAAUAUCAGGUUCGUCUUGUCAACAUCAGUAACAAUGACAUCGUCGACGGUAACCCAAAACUGACGCUCGGACUUGUCUGGAGUAUCAUAUCACAUUGGCAGGCACAAGAGCUGUCCAAUUCCAAGAUGACUGAUAGCCGGGAGCUCAGCACAGAGAAGACGGUGCUCAAUUGGUGUCGUGAGACAACUCAGGGAUAUAGAAAUGUAGACAUCCGCAAUUUCACUACGAGUUGGAGAGACGGCCUUGCCUUCAAUGCCUUGUUACAUAAAUUCAGACCCAACCUCUUUGACUACGAUGCACUUCUGAAGUUAGACCCAGAAGCUCGUCUGGAUCAUGCCUUCCGUGUUGCUCAUGAGGAGUUCAGGGUCCACAAAUACCUGGAGCCUGAAGACAUAAAUGUUGAGCUUCCAGACAAGAAGUCUAUCAUGAUCUACGUGAUUGACAUGUACAAAGUCCUAUCUCAGCAGACAGAGGUCAUAUCCAGUAGGUCAGGUCAGGCCAGGUCAGGGGUCGGCAAAACCUCAUCAGACCACACGCCUGUGACUCCAUCAUCAGAAGCUUCUUUUUCGGACAUGAGUGAGGUUGAUUUGGAGAGUUAUCAGGGUAACAUGGAGACUGUCCUGGCCUGGCUACUGGAGGCCGAGGACCACCUCAGCCAUCAGAAUCCAAUCUCAGAUAACGUGGACGAAGUCAAAGAACAAUUCCACACUCAUGAGGAGUUUAUGAUGGAGUUAACAUCCCACCAGAACAGCGUCGGUAAUGCACUACAGGAAGGUAACUAUCUGAUCCUAGAGAACAAGGUAUCUGAAGAUGAAGAGAAUGAGAUUAGAGAGCAGAUGAGUCUCCUCAAUAGUAGAUGGGAAAACCUCAGGAUAGCUGCCAUGGAAAGACAGACCAAACUUCAUGAAGUGUUAAUGGAGCUACAACAAAAGCAGCUGGAUGACCUAGCCGCCUGGCUGGACCAGACAGAAGAGGUUAUCGGUAGGCAAGAAGGUCUUGGUAACCAUCUGGACCAGGUCAGACAACAGGCGGAAGAUCACAGGAAGCUGCAAGAAUCCUUAGAAGAGCAACAAACUCAAGUCAACUCACUGACACACAUGGUGGUCGUAGUGGAUGAGAGUAGUCCAGAAAAUGCCACAGCCCUGCUGGAAGAGCAGCUGACCAGCCUAGGAGAGCGCUGGGCUAGGGUCUGCCAAUGGACUGAGCAGCGCUGGGCCCUCCUCCAAGAAGUUUCUGCUCACUGGCAACGCUUCGCAGAGGAGCAGAGACAAUUCAGCGACUGGCUGAGCGAGAAAGAGUCUGUCCUGGCCCAUAUGAGACUAGCUGAUAUACACACCACCAAGGAAGCCAUUGAAAGAGUUAAGAUACUCAAGCAGAUCCUAGAGCAAGAGUUAGAAAUCCAACGAAAUGAAUUUGACAAAUUGAAUCGCAGCGCAGAGAACAUCGUGGAGCAUCUGGAGGAGAACAACAAAGCAGUUGAGGACAUCCAGCUUGUCUUAGAUGAGUUCUCACAGCGCUGGGACAGCGUGGUACAACAGAUGGAGAUGCACUCUAAAUGGAUUGCAGAGAGUGGCAUCAAUCUGGAUGCCAUCCCCAUCACAGACGCCAUCAACACCACAACCACUACCAAGACAUACCGAGACGGAGGCAGCAAGGUCACCGAGACCAAUGUCACUAAGACCAUCUCUCAGACAGUCCGUGUUGCACCGGCAGCCGAGGCCCAGAAACGCCCCCAUGAGGACACCCAACUCAAGAGGCAGUUUGACGGGGAGCUUGGGAGCUUGGUGUCGUGGAUGGAGGAUACGGAGCACAAGUUGAUGUCGUCGGGGGAACCGUCUCCUGAAGACCACAACCUGGAUGAACAAAUGAAGUUUUACAGUACUUUGGAGAGAGACAUUGACGAGAGACAAGCGAGGGUGAAGAAUGUAUCUGAGCUUGGCAACAAGCUGAUCACUCAAACCCGUAUUGAGGGCACAUCAACAGAGCCAAUCAGACACUCCUUGGAGAACCUUCGAGAGCGAUGGGAGGACGUCCGCGUCAUGGUGGAUGGCAGGAAAUGUAACCUGAACCAAAGCUCCAUGAGGAAACAGUUCUCUGAUGAACUGAAGAGACUGCAGGAGACGGUACAGUCAGUGCAGGUGUGGUUGGAGGAGGAAGCUACAGUCGCUGGCAGUGUACGGGGAAUUCAGACACAGCUUGACCAAUGCAGGGCAAAGCAGAAGGAGAUGACCAUUAACAGCCAUCGCAUCGAGCGCGUCACAGGCCUCGGCAAGGACCUAACAGGCGACGCUACCAUCUCACGCUCGGCUCAGCGCGACAUCAAGGCAUUCCGCCUCUCCUGGGAAAACACCUCGGCUGCGAUCAAGGAGAAGGAGAAGAUCCUGGCCAAGGCGCUGGAGUGCGCCCCUCCCCAGAGGUACAUCGAGGCAAUGAGGGCACUCACACAGUGGCUGCAGAGUGUCGAGGCGGUGCUGAGAUCAGAGGAGUUCUUUGUGACCGAGGUUGAUGAUCUUGAAGAUCAAUUGCAGAAAUACAAGGAACUUCAAACCACCAUCCAGCAGCAGCAACAGAACUACGACUUUGUCAACAAGACUGGCAAGGGUCUAGUGUCUGGUGCCCCGUCACCCACACAGGCUGAGAACCUUCAACGUGACCUGAGUAAAAUGAACCAGGGAUGGAGUGAGGUGACCUGUCUAGUCGAGGAGAGACAAAAUCAACUGGAGAGGGCGCUGAGUGAGCUCAAACUGUGGCAGGAUGAAGUCAGUGGCCUGAAGAGUUGGAUGGCUGAAGUAGACACGUUCCUUUCAGCCGAGGAGGUAGCCCUGGGAGACAUUGAUGUACUACAGGCUCAGUUAGAGCAAGGCCAGGCGCUGACUGAUGACAUUCAGACGCUGCAGCAGAACAUGGACAACAUUAACGAGACUGGACAGAAGCUGGCUAAAGAGGGCGACCCACAGUUUACGACUCGCAUCACCACCGAGCUGAAGGAGCUGCAGACCAAGUGGACCAGAGUUACCAAACUGGCCAGAGAACAAAGACAGAGUCUUGAGCAAGCACACGGUGUAUGCAAGAAGCUGAAAGACGACAUGGUGACAAUGAUUGACUGGCUUGAUGCCAAUGAGGCUGAUUACAUCAGCAAAGAAGCUUCCAUCCAAGACCCUGCUGACAUCCAGACCAAGCUUAAGAAAGUCAAGAAAGCUAUUGAUGAAACGAAAGAGAAAGAACCCACCAUUACCUCGGCGACCAAGAGCCAUACCUCGAUGUACGCCAACACCCCACAAGACACCACCGACCCUUUGUCCGCCGAGUACAAAGCCCUCUACGCCCGCUGGCUGACCCACCAAGAGAAGCUAACCGCCGCGCACAAGAUCCUCGCCGAAUCGGCUGAUAACUGGCGACAGCUGAAGCUACUCCUUGAGGAGGAGACUAUGUGGAUUGAAGGAUUUGAGAAGAAACUGAAGAACCCAUCGCUGAGUUUGGAUGCAGAGGAAAUCUCGGAGGAGAUAGAUGUGUUGGAGUUGGCUGUCCAGAAGCAUGCUACUGACAACUGUAAGAAAAUCAAUGAGUUGAGCCAGAGGCUGUUGGCUAAUGACAUCAUGGUGUCUGCCGUGGAACGCGAGACUAAGAUUUACAACCAGAAGGCUAAGGAUAUCAAGAGUCAGGCAAAGGAGUGUCAGCUGAGGCUUGAGAACAAUGUCCAACUAUUGCAGCAAUUGGAGAAGGAUAUGCUGGUGCUACAGAGCUGGAUCACCGUGGUGGAUAGAACCCUUAAUGGCAGACUAGCUUCCAGGGUCUCAGCGCUGGAUGUACCCAGCGAAUUUGAGCAACUGAAGUCUGAGUUUGAAGCCCAUGAGACGGUCCUAUCCAACAUUGACGGUAGAGCCAGGGCUCUGAUGGACCAGACGAGCAGCACUGCCAAUCAGAGACUACAUCAACAAGUAGAGAUAUUAAGGAAAAACAUUGACGAACUCCAGCACAAGUUCCGCAAGUUUCAGAAGCCAUCUGAUUUUGAACCCAAGAUGGCCCAUGUGAAGGGCAUUAUGGACAAUGUACAAGAAGGACUUGGUGUCUUAGUGGUGAAGAACAGAGAGCCAGAAGUCAUUAAGACACAACAGGAUGCCUGCAUGGGUUUCUAUAAGACGCUAAGUGAAAUCAAACACGAAGUGGAAUAUGUCAUCAAGACAGGGCGGAGUAUCGUAGAGCGGCGCCAACUAGACAAUCCGGCAGAGCUCACCGAACGCCUCAACAGCCUUAAGUUGCUGUACAACCAACUUGGCAAGAGGGUGACAGAAGGUCGGGACGAGUUGGAGAAGGCCCUGUCGCUGAGUCGUAAGGUCAAGAAGGAGCUAAUAGCUCAGGGUGACUGGGUUCAGACGACGGAGGGGGAGUUGAACAAGAGAUGCGAGGACGACAAGGAGGCCACUCCACAGAGCUUGAAUCAGGAGAUAGAAUGGUGUAAAAAACUUGAGCAUGACGUCAAGAAACGCAAGAACUCCUUAGGGGACUGCAAGAAGCUGGCAGACAAGUUGAUCAAUCUGGCUGAAGAAGGAAGCUUAGUGUCUGUCAAGGAUGACUGUGAGGCAUUGGAGAGGAGGCUUACUGCCCUCUCUAGUCCGAUUCAAGAGAGGCAGGGUGUACUGAAGAAAUACCUUGAUCAGAUUGCUGAGUUUCAACGCAGCCUGAAUGAAGUGAAGCCAUGGCUGAGUGAGGCAGAGCGGAUACUUGAUGCCUCGGACAAAAUACCAAGGGAUGAACGAAUCGGUGAAGAGGAAGUGGCUAAAUGCAUGAAAUUACAGGAAGAAGCGGAGGACCUGGCCACUCGGGUUGAAGAGAUUCGUGAUCAGGCAUUGGAGUUGCUUCGCCUUGGUGGUGAUUGUCGCCGCUCCACAGAGCCUGAUCUAAUCAACCUCAACCAACGAUGGGAGAAUGUUUGCCAAAGAGCUAAGGAAAAGCAGCUGGAACAGAAGAGGAUAGUUGCUGAGAUGGAGGAGGCAAGGCAACAGGCCGAGGAGGAAGCAUUAGCAAGAAGACAGGCAGAGGAGGAAGACAAAAUUGCGAGAAUACAGGCAGAGGAAGAAGUCGUAUUGGCAAGGAUACGGGCAGAGGAAGAAGCAGUAUUAGCAACAAGACGGGCAGAGGAAGAGGAAAUAUUGGCAAGAAAACGGGCUCAGGAAGAAGAAGAAUUGGCGAGAAUACGGGCAGAAGAAGAGGAAGAAUUGGCAAGAAAACAAGCAGAGGAGCAAGAAGAAUUGACAAGAAAACUGGCAGAGGAAGAAGUAUUGGCAACACGGCGGGCAGAGGAACAAGAAGAACUGGCGAGAAGACAAGCUGAGGAAGAAGAAGAAUUGGCAAGAAGACAGGCUGAAGAAGAGGAGAGAUUGAAGAUAGAGAAACAGAUGGAGGAGAAAAGGUUGAAGAAAGAAGAGCUAAUAAAGGAGGAGAAACGCCGGGAGGAGAAACGCCAAGAAGAAGAACGACUAAAGGCAGAAGAUAGAGCAAGGGAAGAAGCGGAAAGAGAAAGGGAAGAGGCAGAGUGUCUGCAAAGAGAGGAGGAGGAGCGUCAAGCUGCCGCUGCUGCCACUGUAGCUGCAGCUGUUGCUGCUGCCCAAGAGAUCACAAUGGGAGAAGAGGAACAGAUUGUCACCAUGGAGACCGAAGACACAGUCGAGUCCUGCCCUGAUCAGUAUGACGGCCCUGAGGACAUGAUAGAAACAUCUGCCCAAAUCUCGGAUGAGUUGAUAGAUGAUACGGUGCAAUAUGAUUCCGGUGAUGAGUUAGAGUCGCAGACAGACAUGUCCUCCUUACAGUGGGUAACGCCGACAGCUAUGGUAGAGGAGGAGAGCAAGCCGGAAGAGAAGCCAGAAGAACAACAAGAGAAUGGGGUUCAUGAGUCAAACACAGACGAUGCCAAUGUCAGCGAACAUUGUGAGAUGAAAAUAGUGGUGACCGAGGAUGCAGAGGUGAAUCUGGAUGCGAUGUUCGCCAAGAUGGAUGACGAGACAGAAGAGGCGGAGCAAGACGAAGGGGAGGAAGAAGAGCGAAGACGUGUUGCCGAGUUCCAUAUCAUCUUGGAUCAGACGUAUCAAGCGAUCGACCUUUGUGACCACAGACUGGUUGAUGGAAUGAAUUUGCGGCCUGAAGACUUUGAGCAGGAUGUUGAGGAAAGCGUACAGGACACCGAUGAAGCAAUCGUUUCGCUGCAGCCCGACGUAGAGCACCUCAUCUCUCAAGGCGAGGCUCUCGUCAACGAGACCAAGGAGCUCAACCCCAAGCAGUCCCGACAGCUCCAGAUGAAGCUAGGGAUGCUCCGCAACCGCUGGAAUACUCUGGAGGGUGAUGCGAGCAAGCGCAAAGACACAUUGAAGGAGGCGGUGCCGAGAUGGAGGGAGUAUGACAAGGAUGCAGGAGAGAUGGAGAUGUGGAUGGAUGAGAUGGAGAGGAGGAUAGAAGAGAGCAAGGAAGAUGAAGAUGCACUCAAGGCUCUGCAGGGAGAGUUAGAAAAGAAGCGUGGAGACCUCCAACAUCUCACUAAAGAAGGUGACGACCUCACCAACAAGGGAGCCAAAACCGUCGUCCUACCCAUGCAGUUGAAGCUCAGCUCAAAAUGGCGGGAUAUCGAGUCUCAAUUCCAGCAGUAUCGCCGCCCCGUCGAGGAGGCAGUGAUCAUCGAGCGAACCGUCACCACGAUCCAGUCCACUUACCAGCUGGACGAGGCCCUGGUGCCCCGACUCAAGGAGGAGGUGGCCCGCGUUGAGGCAGCGGAUUUCUUCAAGGAGGAAGAGGAAGGGAUGGUGGUGCCCACGGCGGUGGUAGAGUUCCUGGAGGAUGUGGAGAGGGUGUGGAUCAGAGUUCAAGAGGUCAUGAAGGAGCUGGAGUCUAGGGAGCUGAACGGAGGAGCCUUUGAUAGUUUCUCAGAACAGGAGGAUCGGCUCAAGGUAGGUUGA